AUGGAGAAUGUGGGAGGUGGUCUUCCGGCUGGGGCAGUAGCUGCUGUACUGAAGCCCAGUGAGGGAUUACCUGAAGGGAGCCUGUCUGUACGUGGCUAUAACUUUGACCAUGGGCUGGACUACCAUGCCUUGCUCCAGUCUUAUCUGACCACGGGCUUCCAGGCCACCAGCUUUGGGCAGGCUGUGAAUGAGAUCAACCGCAUGAUAGAAGCCAAGCUGACGCCCCUGGGAGAGGAGGAAGGGAACCAUGUUGACCUGAAUCCCUGUCCUCGCCGCCUAACUGGCUGCACCAUCUUCUUGGGGUUCACCUCCAACCUCAUCAGCUCAGGUAUCCGCGAGACCAUCCGCUACCUGGUGCAACACAACAUGGUGGAUGUUCUGGUCACCACAGCAGGUGGAGUUGAAGAAGACCUGAUCAAAUGCUUGGCCCCCACUUACAUCGGGGACUUCAGUUUGCGUGGGAAGGAGCUCCGGCAGAGUGGGAUUAACAGGAUCGGGAAUCUGCUGGUGCCCAAUGACAAUUACUGCAAGUUUGAAGACUGGUUGAUGCCAAUCCUCGACCAGAUGGUGACAGAGCAGGGCACAGAGGGUGUGAAGUGGACGCCAUCGAAGCUCAUUGCUCGGCUUGGCAAGGAAAUCAACAAUCCUGAAUCUGUCUAUUACUGGGCACAAAAGAACAGCAUCCCUGUAUUGAGUCCUGCGCUGACCGACGGCUCCCUGGGGGAUAUGAUUUUCUUCCACUCCUAUAAGAAACCAGGCCUUGUGCUAGACAUUGUGGAAGAUCUGAGGCUGAUCAACACCCAGGCCAUCUUUGCCCGGAAGACAGGAAUGAUAAUCUUGGGUGGAGGCCUUGUCAAGCACCACAUUGCCAAUGCCAACCUGAUGAGAAACGGAGCCGACUUUUCAGUAUAUGUCAACACGGCACAGGAGUUUGAUGGCUCAGAUUCGGGAGCUCGGCCCGAUGAGGCAGUAUCCUGGGGGAAAAUACGCACAGAUGCCAAACCUGUCAAGGUUUACGCUGAUGCUUCCCUGGUCUUCCCGCUACUGGUUGCAGAGACUUUUGCCCAGAAAUCAAAUGCCUUUGCCGCAGAGAAGCAAAAUGACUAAGCUGGAGGCAUCUCCGAAGUUAGGAUCCUUCUGUCCCUGCCUAGCCUGUAUGCG